AUGGUUGAGUGCACGAUGGUAUCGACCUUACUUGACGGUCUUCCUAAUGAAGUGGCUCUCCAGUGCCUUGCACGUGUCCCGUUUGUAUCCCAUCCUAUUCUUCAGCUGGUUUGCCGCUCUUGGAGAGCAUCUGUUCGCAAUGGGGAGCUUCUCAAUGUUCGGAAUCAGAUUGGGGCGACGGAAGAACUGCUAUGUGUGUUGGCAUUCGAACCUGAAAACAUUUGGCAACUUUAUGAUCCUCGUCGAGACAAGUGGAUAACUCUCCCUGUCAUGCCAUCUCAGAUUAGGAACAUUGCCCGUUUUGGAGUUGCCUCUGUUGCUGGAAAACUCUAUGUAAUUGGUGGUGGCAGUGAUAGAGUUGACCCCCUUACUGGAGACCAUGACACAAUCUUUGCGAGCAAUGAGGUCUGGUCUUAUGAUCCUCUCCACCGCUUGUGGGCCCAGAGGGCUCCAAUGCUUGUAGCUCGAGCGAUGUUUGCUUGUUAUGCAUUGGAUGGGAAGAUAAUUGUUGCUGGGGGCUUUACAAACUGCCGCAAAUCGAUAUCAGAGGCUGAGAUUUACGAUCCUGAAGCUGACACAUGGAAGUCCCUCCCUGACCUCCGCCAGGCACACCCCUCUGCAUGCUCUGGUCUUGUCUUCAAGGAUAAGAUGCACGUAUUGCAUAAAGGGAUAUCCACAGUCCAGAUUCUCGAAGAUGGCGGUAAUUAUUGGGCUGUUGAGGACUACUCUUGGCUGCAAGGCCCAAUGGCAAUGGUUGGUGGAGAGUUGUAUGUGCUGAGCAAUAGCUGCAUUAGGAAGCAGCAUGGUGAGAAUUUCCCUGAUAAGAUGGUUCCUUGUGCAUCAGGAUUCCAAAGCAGGAUCGGCUUUGGCAUGAUUGGCUUAGGGGACAGCAUAUGUUUGUUUGGUGGAGUGAUCGGCCCUGGGCCAAGAAAACAGUGCAUUAAGCCAUUGUCUGAUGUUGAUAUCUUGAAUGUCGCAAGCGAGAGGCCAACCUGGCGACAAGGAUCACCGAUGACGCGUUGCCGAGGGAGUAUCGCAGGCUGUGCUCUGCUGAAGAUCUAG